AGUGGCUCAUUUGGACUCUUGAAGCAGAGCCAGCGGAUAAAACCCAGGCUGCAUCUGCCUCUCCCGAGGCUGUGGGGUUCCGCCCUGUGCCAGACCUCAAGGGCAGAUAGUGCGGGCAGCUGGGGAGGACAGUGCAACUAUCACCCCGGGCCAGGCGACCUCCGGCCCUACGGCCAUGGCCUCGGGGGCGCCUGGGGAGCGGCUGCGUGAGGAGGCCAGGUGCCCCGUGUGUCUGGAUUUCCUGCAGGACCCGGUCAGCGUGGCCUGCGGCCACAGCUUCUGCCUUAGGUGCAUCUCCGAGUUCUGCGAGAAGUCGGCCAGCGCGCAGGGGGGCCUCUAUGCUUGCCCGCAGUGCCGCGGCCCCUUUGCGCUGGAGAGCUUCCGGCCCAAUCGGCAGCUGGCCAGCCUGGUGGACAGCGUGCGGCAGCUGGGGCUGGGCGCUGGGCCCCUGGGGGCGCGCCAGUGUGCACGGCAUGGUGAGGACCUGAGCCUGUUCUGCGAGGAGGACCAGGACGUGCUCUGCUGGGUCUGCGACACCACUCCGGAGCACAGGAGCCACCAUACAGCGCCGCUCCAGGACGCAGCCAGGCGUUACCAGACAAAGCUUCAGAUGGCCCUGGAACUAAUAAGGAAGGAGAUGGAGGAGACCUUGACUCAGGAGGCCAACAUGGGGAAGAAAACUGUCGUUUGGAAGGAGAAAGUGGAAAUCCAAAGGCAGCGCUUCAGGUUGGAGUUUGAGAAGUAUCGUGGCUUCCUGGCCCUAGAGGAGCAGCUGCAGCUGAGGAGGCUGGAGGAGGAGGAGCGAGCCACCCUGCAGAGACUGCGGGAGAACAAGAACAGGCUGGUGCAGCAGGGCAGGGCUCUGAAGGAGCUGGCCCAGGAGCUGGAGGAGAGGUGCCAGCGCUCAGCUCUGGCUCUGCUGGAGGGUGUGAGAGGAGCCUUGAGCCGAAGUCAGGAUGUCAUGCAGCUGGAAGCAGAGACCAUCCCCAUGGAACUGAAGACAAUGUGUCGCAUCCCUGGGAUGAGGGAAAUGUUGAGAAAGUUCCAAGUUGAUGUAAAGCUGGACCCUGUCACAGCACAUCCUAGCCUCCUCUUGACGGCCGAUCUUCGUACUGUGCAGGAUGGAGAGCGGUGGAGGGAUCUCCCCAACAACCCUGAAAGAUUUGACACAUGGCCCUGUAUCCUGGGUUUGCAGAACUUCUCCUCAGGGAGGCAUUACUGGGAAGUCAUGGUGGGAGAAAGAGCAGAAUGGGGUUUAGGUGUCUGUCAAGAGACAGUGCCAAGGAAGGGAGAGACCACACCCUCUCCUGAGAACGGUGUCUGGGCCAUGUGGCUGCUCAAAGGGAAUGAGUACAUGGUCCUUGCCUCCCCUUCGGUGCCUCUCCUCCACCUGGAACGGCCUCACUGCAUUGGGAUUUUUUUGGACUAUGAAGCAGGUGAAAUCUCCUUUUACAAUGUAACAAACGGGUCUUACAUCUACUCAUUCAACCAACUGUUCUCUGGUAUUCUCCGACCUUAUUUUUUCAUCUGUGACACGAUUCCUCUUACCUUGCCACCUAUGACAGAAGCAGAGUUAGAAAUUUGGGCAUCCAGCAGUCAUCUUGACUCUGCUUCUAAUAUGAGACAUGAUCAUUUCUAAAAUUCUCUUCCUGAGAAUUUUCCACUUAGCAAAGAUUUCCAGGGUGGACUGGACAAUAGGAACAUGCUAAGCAGCAACAAUUGCCCCCAUUAGCACUUUAAUCCAUCUUGCUAUGGACAUUUUUCCAUCAGGAUAAAACAGAAAAUAUGGAAUAUUUACAUUUGGAGGAGAAUUAUAGAGCAUACUUAAAAAAAAAAAAGUGACCUCUGUCUGUAUCCUGCCUGGGACUUGAACUCACUCUCUGAGAUCAAGAGUCACUGCAUUCUGGCUGAGCUGGCCUGACAUCCCCAUAGAUCAUAAUUUGUGAAAUGGAGUGGGCUCCUCAAGUCUUUCAGAUGGAGUCCCACAUUUUCUUGAUAAGGCUUUUCCAAGUCAACAGACAUUGUGUUAAAGAUUUCUAUACAUUCAUUGUAACUUCUUAUCCCUUUUAAUCUCCUUUCAUUCCAAGUCUUAUUAAGAAUAAGAAAUGACUUUUUUUCAGAAAUGGCAAUUCUUGAAUUGGUGGAGAACAGUCCAAUACAAUUCCAGCAUCAGAUUUGUAAUUCUGUUACUCCUCCUCUCUCAUUCUGUCUCUCUGCCUGCCUCUGUCUCUAGUUUUCUCUCUUUCUUGCUCCUUUUUUUCUUCAUUCCUGUUAUGGAUAAGAUUCCAUUUCUUUCUAGAUUAACAAAUUCAGAACCAUUUCUUUUUACAUUCAAUUUUCUUAUGACUAUAUUCAUUUAUUUUUUAAAAUAUUUUAUUUAUUUAUUCAUGAGAGACACAGAGAGGGAGAGAGGGAGAGACACAGGCAGAGGGAGAAGCAGGCUCCAGGCAGGGAGCCUGGACUCCAUCCCAGGACUCCAGGAUCACCCACUGGGCUGAAAGCAGGCACCAAACUGCUGAGCCACCCAGGGAUCCCCUGUUCAUUUAUUUUCUAAAUCCUCUUUAUACUCAACUAAUUUCUAAGGAUUAUGAAAUCCAUUCCUCUGAUUCAAAUAUAACUGAUUAUGACUCCAGGCCUCUCUGGGACUGCAACUUUUUCCUUUAUCUUUGGAGAUAUUUUUUUAGAGUGGAAAUUUCUCAGAAUUCUGAUUCAAUUAAUUCUUUGAUUUAGCCAUUUACUAGUGGCAAGACCUCAAAUAAUGCCUUUCUCUUUAGAUCUCAGCAAAUUAAUAUGGUUCCUAUAAGUGAAAUCAUGAUAUGAGCCUUACAAUGCUAUGGAAAAUAUUUAAGAUCAAGAUUGGUUUUAAUUAAACGUUUCUACUUAAAUACAAUAUAAAGGUGAUUAUGAUGAUGAUGAUGAUGAUGAUGGACUGAUAAUAAUAUUUGACUUAUUUUUAAUGUAUACUCCAUACCUUCCUAAAAAAAUUCUUAAAUCACUGAAGGCUAAAUUUGCUUCUACAUUUCUCUAUAUCUAUGUCUAAUAAAUAAUUGCCAAACAAAAGCUAAAAUGCUCAACUGCCAAAUGUUAAAAUGACAUACAAUUAUUGAUUAAAGGAAAAUUUAGUUAACAUUACUUUGAUAAUAAUCUGCCAACACUUUAAUGCUCCACUUUAACUCUACCUUGAAUUUUAACCUAUUUUAUCUUGCAGAAAGAUCUCUUUGAUUAAUUUUUUUUUACUUACUUUCUAAUAAGGUCAGAUUUGGUUUUCUUUCUAGAUUUUUAAACAUUUUUCUUUGCAGAUUUUUACAUUUGGAGGACUAUCAUGAAGUAUAAUAAUUUUAGAAAUGGAACAGUCUCAUAAACUAUUUCCAGAUGGCUCUACAUACUUUAUUGAUGAGCUUUUGUAUUAAACAAAGAUUUCUGUACCUUCACUUUUUUGAUAUGUUUAUAUUUGAUCAUAAGCAAACAAUUCCUUUCUCCAUCUCUCCUUUCCAAAUGGAGGUAAUAAUAAUGUUUUCUUACAUGUACCUUGUUAAUAUCUCAUAGACCACACAUAUCCUAGUCCUCUUCCAUGCAUGGUCCAAGUAGAAAAGAGGCUCAUGCCCUGGGUUUCUGCUCAUGCUUAACCAUUGUCAGGAAUUAAACAGGAACCGCCAAUUUAGUGAAGCACUUAUUCAUGUGACUGUAAUGUCAGGGAUCCAUGACAGGAGGCAGUAGAGAGAACAUACACUCAGAACCCUAGGGACUUUUCCCUGUGGACAUCAGGAGAUCACACCUCCCCAGGGGCUUAACAGGCAGAGGGACACCAUGGCAGUCUCAGGCCUUCCACCCUCUUCAAGGCAUGAACAGAGAAUAACUAGUCCCUUGAGAAAGUUUACAUCCUGGUUUCCACUGUCCCCCUCCCAUCUUGUUAUCUCACUUUACAUCUUAUCAUGAUUUAUGUCAAUCAUUCAACCAAGUUAAUUCUUCGUUCAUUCCUUGCUUUCCAAGCUUCAAGAAGUUUUGUGCAUCUGCUAGUAUAACCUUUUCUCCUUUCCUUUCCAAUUCCUGAGAGGUUUCUUCUGUUCUCUCUGGAACUCUGGUUCAUUAACAGCUAACUUCUUUAAUUGUUUUUUUUUUAGUAUUUUUAAUUUUUUUUAUUGGAGUUCAAUUUUCCAACACAUAACUUAACGCCCAGUGCUCAUCCCAUCACGUGCCCUCCUCAGUGCCCGUCACCCAGUCACCCCCACCCCCCGCCCACCUCCCUUUCACCACCCCUUGUUUGUUUUCUAGAGUUAGGAGUCUCUCUUCUUUAAAUUCUCUUUAAAGAUCUUUCCUAUUCCCCGAACUUCCCCUUAUUUUCUUCUCUGUUCUUUCUCCUGAAAAACACACACACAUGCACACACACACACACAGAGGCUUCUUCAUCUCAGUGGAAAGGAACUCCAUCCUUCUAAUUGCUCAGGCCAAGAAUCUGGUUGACUCCUGUCUUGAUUUCUUUAGUCCUCAUCCAGUCUAUCAGUAAACCCCGGCUUUACCCCCAGAAUACAUAGAUAAUUUAACUCUGCUGCUACAACUGUGGUCUGAACUUCCAUCCUCUUCCAUUGGAUUACUACACUAGUUUCCUAACAUUAAUCUGGGCUAUACUCCAGCCCCUCCCAUGUCCAUUAUGAAUGCAGCAGCUGGUCUGAUCCUUCAGGUCCCAAAACAAUAAGUUGAGUUCAAUGACUCUCCUUUGAACUUAAGAGUUAAAGUGGUAAUAUUUACAGUGAACGUAUAAACACUGGAGUAUCUGAGCACCAGUUAAUUAUCUGAUUCUGAUUCUCUCUCCCUCCACAUGCUUCUGGUUUUAUCCUCCUCCCCCUACCCUGGCAUCUAGGCCAGGUUUAUACCAGACCAGGCAUUUCCCAUCAAGGGACCCUUCUGCCAGCUGUGCCCUCUACCUGAAAUUCUCUUUACCGGCAUGUCUCCCUUACUCAUCCCCUCUUUUUUUCCCCAUUAAACCUUAUCAAACCCAGCUUCUUGGUCAGAACUAUACAGUCUGAACCACUUUGGUGUCCACCCAGAUCCUACUCUCCCCAGUCUCUUUUACCAGGUCCAAAGGAGACAGCUCUUUUUUACCACUAUUGUACUUAACAAUUUCUAAAUGUAUUCACUAUGUUGUUUUCUUAUUUAUUGAGUUUAUUUUUGUUGGUUUGUUUUGCCUUUUCAUGGUAGAAUGCAGGCACUCUGAAGGGAGGGAUAUUUGUUUAUUGAUAACAAUAUUUUUCACAUAUCUCAAGCACCUUAAAUACUUGUUUGUACAUGGUUAUCACUCAAUGCAUAUUUGUUGAAUAAAUAAAUGAUUGACUUUCAGAGGACAGAAUUCAA